UAACAAUCGGUUAUCUAUCGAUAUUAGACUAUCGCUAGCAACACUAUAUUCGACUCGACGACUAUAUUUACAUUUGAAAUUUGACAGAUAACAUAAAGCAUUUUGUAGCAUUUGUUGCUUAUUGCAAUUUUGAAAACGUAACUAAAAAGAGAAAAAUAGGAUAAAUUCUACCAGUGUGAUCUUAAUUUAUACACAAAAAUUGAGUUCUCAUGGCGUAAUUUUUCUUUAUCUGCAGCGGCUAUAAUCAUAUCUAUAAUGGCGUGGAGAAGUCACGGCGUAAAUAAUGCCGACUUGGUCAGAAACUUACGAACAAAUGGUAUAAUAAAGUCAGAUGUGGUUGCAAAUGCUAUGAAUGCAGUGGACAGGAAAAAUUACUGCCCACACUCACCAUACCAAGAUUCUCCACAGUCCAUUGGGUUUUCAGCCACAAUCAGUGCACCACAUAUGCACGCUCACGCACUGGAAAGGUUGAAAAACCAGCUGGUUCCUGGAGAGAAAGCUUUAGAUGUUGGCUCUGGCUCUGGCUACUUGACGGCAUGCAUGGCUAUCAUGCUUGGUGAGACUGGUCGAGUGGUGGGCAUUGAGCACAUACCAGAGCUGGUCACAUUGGCCACUAAAAACCUAAAGAAUGACAACCCUCAACUAUUGUCUUCAGGGAGAAUCAAACUUAUUGCUGGCGAUGGCCGUCUGGGAUAUCCAUCUGAGGCACCCUACAAUGCGAUUCAUGUUGGUGCUGCUGCACCAACUUUACCACAGGCUCUUGUGGAACAGCUCAAGCCUGGAGGACGUCUUAUUGUACCUGUAGGCCCAGAGGGUGGAGAGCAGCACCUUGUUCAGGUCGACAAAGCAGCCGACGGUACGACAAAUGUUAAGAAACUCAUGGGCGUUCUCUAUGUACCACUAACUGAUAGGGAUCACCAGUACCGUCCUUGGCGCUAAUUCCUAUUAAAUCACAAAUGUUUCUUUAUAUCGACUUGUACCAUAAUAACAUAUAUGACAUAUUUAUCUGAAUAAAAAAAAAUAUUUUUAUUGUAAAAACCAUUUAUUUAUUGUUUUGUUUCAUCUUGAUCUUGAUGUAAUAAAUUAUGCUUAUUAAAGUA